CCUCCGAGCCGCGUAUCUCCCUGGAUGCUUGGGUCGCUGCGAGUGUGCAGUCGCCGAUGCUCCGGGACCAUGUGAAGAUGCGGCUGCUGCGGCCGAGACGCGGCGGCGCGGCGUUCGACGCCACUGACGACAGCGCGGAUGGAUUGCUGGAUGGUUUGUUGUUGGGGGUAACGCGCCGUCACGCCAAACUCAUGACAUCUCGGUUGCGGUUGUGGACGGCGCCGGCGGUGGCGGCGGCCGCGGCUGCCGGCAGCGGAGGUGGGGGCAGCAGUAGCAGCGCCGCUGCUGGCGGCGGCGGCGGCGCCGCCGCCGCUGACGCGUCGGUUGUGGCUGAGCUGUUGUCGGCGGUGGAUAAGGCGGCGGUUGGUGGGGAUAAGUUCCGGGCGUAUGUGCAGAUGCUUUUGGCGAUCAUCAAACGGCAGGUGGCUGGGGCCAUCGCAGCCUUGACAGGCGACGACGGCUGCCCCAACGACUGGGCGGUGGGUCAGGUGGAGGACGCGCUCAGUCGGCUGGAGGACUGCGCGCUCAUCAUGCUCAACCAGGCCAGCUACCUGCUGCAAUGCGGCUCCCUGGAGCUGCAAAUGGAGCGGGUGCGUCGGCUGCCCCCCGCCGCCCGCACCGCCUACCUGGGCCGGCAGCUGGCGUUACGUCGGCAGCACAGCGCCACCGCUCGUCACAUGGCGGCGAUUGUGGUGCAGAGCGCGUGGAGGAGACACAGGCGGGCCACGAG